GGUACAUAGUAUGUGGUAUAUGGGGAAGGAGGUUGGGGAGCGGGGAUUGGGGUGUGUUGAAGGGUGGCUGUGGGUUCUCAUGGGGCUUGGUAUAUGUGGUUUGCUGUGGAAUCGAGGUGCUCUGGGGACUUGGUGGUGUAUGAGGUUCGUUAGGAUGAAUGGGGAGGUUAUGGAUCAUGGGCGAAAAGGAUGGAAAUACUGCGGUGGUGGUGGUGGUAGUUGAUGGUGUCGGUUGGUCGAGGUGGAUUGAAUGACGACCGAAUUUAUAAACUGAAAAGACCUGAGGAGAUUGCACAUUCCCCUGAUAUCUGUCAUUGUCCUGUGGUGUGCUGAGGCGCAACACGCGCAACUUACUGACAUAGACUAUUGGCUAAUCAGAUUGAAAGUUCCAUUGUUUUUG